AUGUGCGAUGUCUGCGAGCAAGCCCCAGCAAGCUUCGCUUGCAAAGCCGACGCCGCAGCUCUAUGUGUUACCUGUGACCGUGACAUUCACUCGGCAAACCCACUCGCUCGCCGACACGAACGAUCCCCAGUCGUCCCCUUCUACAAACCUGCCACCGCCACCGCCGCCGCCGUCGUCAAGUCUAAGGCAAUUAACCUCCUCGUCCCCGUCAAAUCUAACGGUGAUGAUUGCGAUGACGAUGACCUCAAAGAUGCGGACGGUGACGGAGAAGAAACCGAGGCCGCUUCUUGGCUGUUACCAAAUCCUAACCAAAUAAGCUCAUCGAAGCUCAGGAUUUGA